CACGAAGUAUGGAUGUUUCAAAUAAGUUAUGCUUUUAUAGUAAGCAAUAUUUAUACAUUUGGAAGUACGAUAACAUUGCAACGUGAGUUGUUACAACUUGUAUACACUACUUUCGUGAGGCAUGAUUUUGUUAUAAAAAUAGAAAAAUAUGUUCAACGGGUAAUAUAGAUCUACAUACUUCAAAAGGUAUAUAUUGCAUAUUCACAUCACAGAAAAUAUAUCUAAUUUUGUGUUGUAUCUGAUAACAUGAGGCUACUGUGGUUUCUGCUUUUGGGAAUCUGUUCUGCUGUACCUAAGAGGUUCGACAACUAUGCAAUCCUUCGAAUCACUCCACAGAGCGAAGAGGCGUUGAUCUUCCUUAGAUCGUUCGAGAAAUAUGAAAAUGUAGAGUUCUUUACACCACUUACCAAAGUGGACCAAACUGCGGAAGUUUUGCUACCUCCUCAAUAUCAGGACGUAUUUUUGGAGCAACAGAGAGGUUUGGAUCAUGACGUAGAUGUGGUAGUUGCUGUGAAAAACGUACAAGAAGUUAUUGAGGAGGGAGUGAGACCUGCGGAUAAAGCUGAAAGCUUUGAUUGGAGUUAUUUUUAUCCAUUGGAAGAUAUACAGUCCUGGAUAACUGGCCUCGCUGAAGAGUAUUCUGACAAAGUGGAAGUUUCUAACAUAAAAACGUACGAAAACAGAGAUCUUAGUAUUGUCAAAGUCUCAUUCAACCCAAAAGCUACGAAGGUAGUAUUUAUUGAAGCAGGAAUGCAUGCUAGGGAGUGGAUUUCUCCAGCUGUGGCAACAUAUAUACUAAACGAGAUCAUUCAUUCUACAGACGCUGAAAUUGAGGAGCUUCGUAAUAAAUUUAAUUGGUAUGUCGCACCCGUUACAAAUCCAGAUGGAUAUGUAUAUAGUUUUGAAAAGGAUCGUAUGUGGAGACGUACGAGAACUCGACUUCCUGGCUCGGACUGUAUUGGAAUUGAUGCAAACCGAAACUGGGACUUCCAUUUUAAUGAAGAUGGUCAUACCUCAUGUGGCCAAACUUAUCCUGGACCAUAUCCAUUUUCGGAUAUAUGCACAAGAGGAUUGUCUCAAUUUUUGCUGAACUUGCCGGAGAAACUGCAAUCCUAUAUUUCACUUCAUAGUUUUGGAGCGAAGAUACUGAUUCCAUACGGAAAUUCAACGGAACAUUUGGAUAACUAUGAUGAAGUGUACAAAAUUGCAGAAGGUGCUGCGAAAGCUCUGGAAGGUGUUAACGGCAACCAUUUCGAGAUAGGAACCGCACUUGAGGUGAUGAAACAAGGAAAAGUGUAUGGUUCAAGCGUGGAUUGGGUGAAAGCUGAAAUGAAAGUUCCUCUUUCUAUAGCCUAUGAAAUUAAGGGAGACUUUUUCAUUGCUCCGAAAGAAACCAUUAUCCCUACCUCAGAAGAAAUGUUGCAAUCGGUCCUUUAUGCAGCCAAGGAAGCUGAGAAGCUUUAAAUGUCGUAUUUGUAUACCCGUGCAAUAGAGUACUUGAAAUCCAAGAACUAUUUCAGUUUAUUCCCAUCAAAACAUACGAUGUCGGGGCUACUUCACUUUUUACAUCACU